GUUGGAAAAUACUGAAAUUUGGUUGGAUCUGGUCACACCACCUGAGCACAACAACAAAUCGUCACAACAAAAACCAAAAUCAAAGUGUCGAAAAUAGAGUCAAAGCCAACGUUGCUGAAGGAAAUAUCCGAUGUAAAUGGUUAAAUAAAAUUUAUAACUCCAAAUCCUAAAAAGUAACACAUUUGAAAGAUAUUUAAAUCCAAACCUAACACUAAACCUCAACAAAGAGACCAGAACACUGGGCAGAACUAAAAGGUGAUCAGGACACACGGCGAGGAUUCCAGAAUGGUUGGCUCGGCAGUGCAAGUGAUCAAUGCCUCCGAGGAGCACACCUUCGUGCUCAAUGAGGAGGCACUGAGCGAAGUGCUGAUGCGCCCGGAAGUCAAGGAUCGGUACGUCUGCGUCGUCUCCGUGGCAGGAGCUUUCCGAAAGGGAAAGAGCUUCCUCCUCGACUUCUUUCUUCGCUACAUGUACUCAAAGUAUGUGCAUCAUGACGCGACAGACUGGCUGGGUGAUGAAUCAGAGCCCUUGGCCGGCUUUUCGUGGCGCGGUGGCUCUGAACGCGACACAACGGGCAUCCUGAUGUGGUCCGACAUAUUCCUGCACGAUUACCCCAACGGGGACAAGAUUGCCAUCAUACUGCUGGACACACAGGGGGCCUUCGACAGCCAGAGCACAGUGCGGGACUGCGCGACAGUGUUCGCCCUGAGCACGAUGCUGUCGUCCGUGCAAAUAUACAAUCUGUCACAGAACAUCCAGGAGGAUGAUCUUCAGCACCUGCAACUCUUCACGGAGUACGGCCGCCUCGCACUCGCCGACACUGGUAAAAAGCCGUUCCAGCGUCUGCAAUUCCUUGUCCGUGACUGGAGCUUUCCCUAUGAAGCGGAAUACGGAGCACUCGGUGGUGAUAAGAUCCUGAAGCGGCGGCUAGAAGUCUCAGACAAGCAGCAUCCCGAACUGCAAUCGCUGCGCCGCCACAUUUCGUCAUGCUUCACCGAAGUGGCCUGCUUCUUGAUGCCCCAUCCAGGCCUGAAUGUGGCAACCAAUCCUCAGUUUGACGGCAGACUUAAGGACAUAACGCCCGAGUUCAAAAAUAGCCUGCGCACCCUGGUGCCCAUGCUGCUGGCGCCGGAUAACCUGGUCUACAAAGAGAUCAGCGGCCAGCGAGUGCGGGCCCGUGAUCUCAUCCAGUACUUCCAGUCGUACAUGAGCAUCUACAAGGGCAACGAGCUGCCCGAACCGAAGAGCAUGCUUGUGGCCACCGCCGAGGCGAAUCACUUAACUGCCGUGGCCGCUGCCAAGGAACUGUAUCAGCAGCUCAUGGAGGAGGUCUGCGGCGGCACGCGGCCGUACUUAAGCACCGCCCACCUGGAGACAGAGCACCUGCGUGUCAAGGACAAGGCUCUCUUCCAGUUUGCUACCAAGCGAAAGAUGGGCGGCGAGGAGUUCACUGAGAAGUUCCGGGUACAACUGGAGGAAGAUCUGGAGGAGGUCUUCAACAAUUACCGUGCGCACAACGAGAGCAAGAACAUCUUCAAGGCGGCUCGCACGCCGGCUGUUUAUUUCGCCUGUGCCGUCAUCAUGUACAUCCUCAGUGGUAUCUUUGGUCUGGUGGGCCUCUACACUUUUGCCAAUUUCUGCAACCUUGUGAUGGGCGUGGCGCUGCUAACGCUGGCCCUAUGGGCUUACAUCAGAUACAGUGGCGAGCUGAGCGACUUUGGCGGCAAGUUGGAUGACUUUGCAACGAUGAUGUGGGAGAACUUUAUGCGCCCCAUCUACCAGGGCUGUAUGGAGAAGGGAAUCCAACAUGUGGCCACUCAUGCAACCGAGAUGGCCGUGGGUGGCGGCGGAGCUGCCGGCUACCGGUCACAGACAUCGGUGAAUGCGGCCAACGGAAAGGUGAAGCGCUCAUGAGAAUACGCCCAAGGAGCGCAGCACAAGACGCAACAGCAAGUGCCGCCGGCAAUAAAUAACAAUAACAACAAUAAUAACAUCAACAACAAUGUGGCAUACAAAUCAAACCGAAGCGGCAACUCCAACGAAGCCCAGGGAUUCUUCCAAAACAUCUGGCGCAAGUUCAGCGGCAGCGGCAGCGGCAGUAGCGAAGCAAUGGCCAAAGCUAAUCCCACAUCCCACGUCGUUUCCCAGGCACCCAACAGUCGCAGGAAGCGCAAACCGAAGCGCAACUAAGCGUCCAUGGACCAGUAGAAUAACGUCCAAUUUUUGGAGGACUGCCCCUUCUUAUUUGUAUAAACCGAAAACUUUCUAUAGUGUGAAUCACAAACAUCUAGCUAUUAAUUGCCCCAAAAAAAAAAAAAAGAAGUUGUUUUUUAUAUUGCAUUAUUUGAAGUGCAGUUGGUCUACAUUAAAUAUUCUUAAGAGUAAGUGCAUCAGUAGUAAGUGGCUCGUAUCUGUUGAGAAGUGAAUUUUAAAUUGUUUUUUUACAUAUACAUAAUGAAGGUAAACGCUGUAAUAUAAAGAAAAACGCUAACGAAUUUAAUUUGUUUAAUUCCUUCUAUAAUCCUAAUCCCUUGCCUUUUCACCUUAUCACCUUACCUUACUCCUUGGUAUAGAAUUCCAUAAGCAAUCUACAUAUGUAUAGACGGAAUGCACAUUAUUGUUGGCUGGUUUGCUAAGCGCCUCAUUUUGCCACGUUUUGUUAUUAAAUUUAGUUGCACGAAAAAAUUGAUAUGGAGAGAAAUUAAGAAAUCAUUGCCACCCAUUAAAGUUAGACACAGAAGCGCAAUGCUGGUAUAGGUCAUUAGUUUAUCUUGUGCAGUACAUGUAAAGUCCUGGUUUUGUUUCGACUAAACAAUAAAUCUUUGUAUAUGACAGCAGCUCAUCAGCGGUUGUCGCCAUCGAUAAAUAAACGGUGCGAAAAUGCA